GUGUUACUGGAUGUAAUAUAGACUAUGGCUACCCAGUCAAUCCGUACAAGCCAGGUUAUUUCACUGGCGGAUCGUCCAGUGGGACGGCUGCGGCUGUGGCUGUGGGUCUGUGCCCGUUUGGCGUUGGUACUGACGGUGGAGGCAGUGUGCGCAUGCCAGCUGCACUGUGUGGUGUGGUGGGGCUCAAGGCCACAUACGGACGUAUCAGUCCUCGAG